CCCGCAGAUAAAUCCCAAGCACCGCGCCUUCAUAGUCUCCGCUGGUGUUCAUGAUCUGUCUACUGGUGUUAGCGCUUUGCAUCUCGUCGUCUGCCCCAUUCAUCUCCUGUGACAAUAACAGUUGUCAGUAAUCAUCAACAUGCGCUUCACGUCUUUCUUGCCCGUAGCUGCUGCAGCCCUGAUCUUCGGGGUGGCCUCGGCAGCAGAUCCGGCCUGGGACGUAGCUCCCGCUUGUGCUGUGAACUGCACCAUGUCCGUGUUGGGCAAAGGCACCGCAACGAACUGCUCGCCAACCGAUACUGCCUGCCUCUGCGUCGAUGAAAGCUAUCAGGCGGACGUCGCAACAUGCGUCGCGUCUACCUGCACAGUCAAGGAGAGCCUCGUCGCCAAACGCCUGGGGCAACUCCAAUGCGGUGUUCCACCCCUGAAGCAACAGAAUGAUGUUGCGCGCCUGACGAUCGUCUUCGUCAUCACAUUCUUCCUAGUCAUGGUACGGCUUACAGUCAAGUUCCUCGGUCAUGGCGGUGGCUGGGGUAUCGAUGACUGGCUGAUGCUCAUGGCAUUUUCCUUCUCUAUUGCCCUCUAUGGCGUGCAUCUAUGGCGAAUAUACGCCCUCGGGCUCGGCAAGGAUACGUGGGAAGUCCCCUUUGACAAUAUCACCAAGAUUCUGAAGGCCUUCUGGGCCAACGAAUUGGUAUACGUCAUUCACAUCUCGGUGGCUAAGCUAUCGGUGUGCUUCUUCUAUCUGCGGAUAUUCGACGCAUCACCUGUAUUUCGCCGCAUCACAUACCCAGUGAUAGGGCUCAACAUAUUCAUCGCGGUAUUUUUCACCUUCCUGAUCAUAUUCCAGUGUGGUGGAAAAGUUCACCUCGCCUGGACUGGAUGGGCUGCAGAAGAACCUGGCACCUGUCUUGACAUCUACAAGCUUGUCCUUGGCAAUGGCAUCAUCAACCUUGUCAUGGAUGUUGUCAUUAUCGGUCUCCCGAUUUAUGAGACAACCAAGCUUCAGCUUUCCAAGACCAAGAAACUCGGUGUAACUCUCAUGUUUGCGAUGGGAUUUGCGCUCACUAUCGUUGGAAUCGUGCGCUGCGUUUACUUUUGGCGCACCCGCUCCAUAGCGAACCCGACUAUCAACCUGAUGCCUCUCGCGUUCUGGUCAUGUAUCGAGACCAUGGUCGCCAUAAUAUGCGCGUGCCUCCCCGACAGCCGCUUCUUUUUCUCGCGCCUGGUCCCAAAAUUCUACAAGACGUUGUCCUCGUCAAUGUACCACAAGUCGUCCGGCAGGGAGUCCAGCGCGGGGCGCUCGUGGCGGACGUUGGAGAACAUCAACAGCUCAAAGGGGUCCUCUCAGAGACCGAUUCAGAGCCCCAGGAAGAUGUCGCGGAAGAAGGAGGCCGACGAGGAGGAGAUGACGGGCAUUACUAUCACCGCCACAACAGUCUCCACGGUGUCAGCAUGAGAUCUUGUGAUAAAACUAUGUGUCGGAAGCGGC